UUUUUCCUUACUCCAAUCAAAUUUUUUAUCACACACACACCCUUUAGGGCUUAUGUCAACAUAGAGCUGAUAACUAUUUGUAGACUUUGUGAUUAUCGGAGAUGUGCGUUAGGACCGCCUGGGAAUGCACGAGUCAACAGUUGACUGGAGCCUGUCUCAUGCUCAAUGGCGUUUUGACGUAUUUGUAUAGUGGGACGUUAUUCCAAAUCAUUUAUGUCUCCGUCAAAAUGGGCUCAUCUUAUGAAUUUAGCACACUUUAUGUGAUCUUGUCCUGGGUGGAGGGUGUUUGUCUCUUUGUGCUGAUCGUCGAUUUGUGCUGGGUUUGCUGUCACAUGGGCACGCUGUUGCUGGCGUCGAUUUCCGUUGCGUAUUCGCUGGGCGUCUUUUUGCUCUUUGCUGGCAGCUAUAGCGUCAUCAUGUAUACGGAUGUCUACGUGGUCGUGCGCAGCUUUCACACCGACAAUCUGUGGAGCUAUGAGAUCGUUUACCAUUGCUGUGGCAUCAAUGGGCCCAGCGACUAUGGCAAUGUGAGUCAGAAGGAUACCGUGCCUGUCUCCUGCUACAAAGAUCAAGAGGAGAAGCUCGAGAAUCUCUAUAAGCGCGGCUGCAUCUUUGCCACUGACGAUAGCUGGUUCUGGUUCGUCUUUUCCAACUGCUACUGGUUUGCAUUUGUGCUCUUCUGUGCGAAUCUCAUAACACACUGGAAGCUGAGGGAACGUCUCAGAAGUUUCUGAACAACAGAAGCUCUCCAAAUUUACCCACACUUGAUAAGAAAUAUAUGUAU